AUGGCCCAUGUGCUUGCCAGGGGGAGCACCGUUUCUGCUGAUGCGCUGAAGAAGGCGGAGUCCGACAAAAAGGUCGCCGAGGACAAGGUGGCCAAGAUGGAAGCCGCUCGGGAAAGAACGAAGAAGAAGGUCGAGGAGGCUUUGAAGCAAAAGGACGAAGAGCUGGAGGCGGAGAAGAAAAAGUUUGUCGAUCUCGAGUUGUCUUGGGCGCCGACGGCGGAGGAGUCCGAAGAUAUGGGUGGAUUGAAAUCCAGGGCCGAGUUUGCCGAGAAGAUUGAUGGCCUCAAGCUCGGUCUUGCCGAGAUAGCUGAAGUCGGGUUCAAUCGGGCAGUUGAACAAUUAAGGCUUCUAAACCCGGGGUUGAAGGCAGACAAUAUCGGGCUCUCGUCAAAGAUCGUGGGUGGACAGAUGGUGCCCGACUCUCCGGCCGAGGAUGAAUGA